AUGACUAAUGAAUGGAAGCUCCGACCCCCCUCCAACCCGUCUGAUCUCCCAGCAGACGGCGAGCGCGGCUCUGACAGUUCGGACGGAGAUACGGUGUCCAUUGGCGAAAUGUAUGAUGUGGAUGAUAUUAUCAACGCCCAUGGGGGUAUCUUGCAUCUCCUUCGGCGUAUCGAGAGGUACUUCAACAGGCGAGAGGAGCUUUUCGAGGCUGCCCAAUCUUCUCUCAUCGGGCAGCUGGAGCUCAUGGCGGCUUAUGAUCGGGUCGAGAGACGGUUGAAGAGAAUCGAGAAUCUCAUGGGAAGACUGCGGUACCACCUGGACAACCCAUACAAGAAUGAGAUGUAG